UUUCGGAGUAACUAGCAGUCCAAAUUUCGGAGUAAAUUAUAUUUUCCAGAUAAUCCAUCCGGGCCUUAAAUUUACGUCGUAUUUUAUAUCUCCGCCCAAAACAGUAAGUACGAUAUUAAAUUAUUAUUGAAGUAAAUCAAGUAAACAUCACUGACAAAUUUUUGAAGAUAUUUUUAAUAACUGUUAAUUCGUUGAAACACAAAUAAUCAGCAGUCGGAGUCUUUGAAAUCAGCUCGUCAAAAAUCCCAGUCAGUGGAAUCUGAGGCAUCGAAGAGCUCAGAGUUAUUAAAAGGGAACCUGGAGGGAUUGAAGGAGAAGGUACAUGGAGUUAUCGACGAGGCAGGAAAAACGGAGCUGCGUAAAAAAGCUGGGCAAUUGGACUAUAUCACAGAUCGCAGAAGUCGUUAGGAAAGAAUUAGACAAUCAUGGGAUUCAAGGACGAGUCUAUGUACUAUUGACUAAAUUGAGAAAACGAAAGGAGAUAUUUGAGAGUGAACAGAAAAUGGUUGAGGCUAAUACAGAGGCGACCGGUGUUCUGGACAAGGGGAAUAGUUCAACAUCAAAAUUUGAUGGAAAUAGUGGCCAGAAACUAACGUGUGGAAUUAUCGCGAGAUCUUCAGGAGUUUUCGAAAAUAUGAAAAGAAUUUGUGCCUGCGAUGGGAAGACCCUGUGGGAUGAGUGAGAUGAGUCUAAACAAAAACAUUCAUUCAAAAAUACUUUCAUAUAUCCAGAUAAAUUCACCAUAGCCUCUUCAGGAGUCUUCGAAAAUAUGAAAAGAAUUUGUGCCUGCGAUGGGAAGACCCUGUGGGAUGAGUGAGAUGAGUCUAAACAAAAACAUUCAUUCACAAAUACUUUCAUAUAUUCAGAUAAAUUCACCAUAGCCUAUUACUCGUAGUAUUUACCGAUUGAAUACAUAUUUAAAAGUCAAUGUUUUGUGUGUCUUUUCAGUGUGUGUGGAUAGUGCACUUUUUAAUAACUACUAUAAAUUUAUUUCUGUAUGCAGGUCAUGUAAAAGUCAUAUCAUUCCAUAAUAUUCCUGAUUAAACAUUUUUAUAUUUCAGUUUUUACUUAUGAGGAGGGCUGAAGGUAUUUAUA